AUGACGAGGGCCAGCCUGUUCGUGUGCGCGUGUGCGUUGCUGAUCGGCGCCGAGGCGAUCGGCAGGUACAAGGGAUUGGAAUUUUUAGAACCGUGCUCCAGGGAGGACCGAAGCCUCGAAAGCUGCCUCGCGAGAUCGGCCAAUGCCCUCACUGAACACUUCCGUCACGGUUUGCCUCAGUUGGGCUAUUCGGACGUCGAGCCGAUUAUCCUGGACGAGCUGCACAUCGCGCUCGGCGGCGGACCGGACGGUUACAGGGCCCAGUUCAAGGACAUCACUGCGAAAGGUGUUUCCUCGUUAAGGGUGACUGGCCUAAGGGCCAGGCUGUCCGACGACGAGGUGCAAUUGCAGUUGGCCAUGAGCAUUCCGAAAAUCCGAGCCGCGGCCAAGUACAGAUCGAGCGGGACCUUGAUCCUGGUGAAAGCCAGCGGAGCCGGUGAUUACUGGGGAGAGUACGAGGGAGUCAAAGCCAAAGUCUUCAUCAGAGCAAAGCCGUUCUCGGUUCAAGGCCGUCGUUACUUGAGGCUACAGCAGCUCAAGAUGGAUUUCAGCGUGCAGAACAUAAAAAUGGGCGUCGAGAACGUUCGCGACAGUAACGCCAUAAUACUGGCUGCAUUGAACCUGUUCAUUAAUACUAAUAGUCAGGAAUUGCUGAAGGAGAUGAAACCGGAUCUCAGACGGAAAUUGGUCCAAGUCAUGACGACCUUCGUCGAAAAAAUCUUCGCUCAAGUACCAUACGAUGCUUGGAUCGCCGAUUAA